AAAACAUUGGGGUUGGCAGCCAUUAUAUUCUCUCCCCAGCAGACAGCCUUAUUCACGCCCAUCGCCUCUUUCUCCCUCAAAUUAAACCCCUCUCCCUCAAUUAAACCCCCAGAAUGGAGGAGACAAAGAUCAUAUACCACAUCGACGACGAGGAGACGCCCUACUUAGUCAAAAUCCCCAAAGCGCCUGAUAAAGUGACGCUGUCGGACUUCAAGAACGUCCUCAACAGGCCGAGUUACAAGUUCUUUUUCAAGUCGAUGGACGACGAUUUCGGAUUGUUUCAGCAGAUAGUAGUGUAGUAUCAGACAAUGUUUCCCAGUGUGGAGAUGGAGAAAGUGGGAGGCCACCGCCUUAUCAUCAUGGAGAGAACACAAGCCAGCUGGAGGAUUCAACCUGCACAGAAACAGAAAGUGUCAUCUCCACCCGUAGAGACCGACACCACAGAAGCUCGCGCCACCAUAAGUAUGAUAAAUACAAUGAUCGGCACUUUGUGGAUCCCAUGCGGAUCAAUGGUCAUGGAAGCCGUGUGCCUCGACACCACGGCUAUGAGUCAUCGUCUAUGAUCAGUUCUGAUUUAGAAUCUACUAGCUUCUUUGACUCGGAUGAUGAUGCCUCCAGUCGUAUCACUGCCACCACAACAGGAAGCAGCAGCGUAUCUCGCCUCCAUGCCCGCCAUCGACGGAAAAAGCAACGCCGACACCGCCUGCAACCUCCUAUGUCUCGCACUUCUUCUAUAUCUUCUAUUACUGACUCUACAAUGUCUCUUAAUAUUAUUACUGUCACGUUAAACAUGGACACUGUCAAUUUUCUGGGGAUAUCUAUCGUUGGGCAAUCAAGUAAAGGUGGCGAUGGUGGUAUCUAUGUGGGAUCAAUUAUGAAAGGUGGAGCGGUAGCAUUAGAUGGGCGUAUUGAACCUGGAGAUAUGAUCCUCCAGGUUAAUGACAUUAACUUUGAGAACAUGAGUAAUGACGAAGCAGUUCGGGUGUUGCGAGAAGUUGUUCAAAAACCAGGGCCAAUCAAACUUGUUGUAGCUAAAUGUUGGGAUCCCAAUCCAAAGGGCUAUUUCACCAUACCUCGCACAGAGCCUGUUCGACCCAUUGACCCCGGAGAGUUUCCUGGACGUCCGCCAUCUGUCAGCACCUUAACUUCGACCAGCUCUUCUAUCACUUCCAGCAUCCCGGAAUCAGAGAGACCGUAUGAAGAGAUGAAGUUGACUGUGAACACACCAAUGGAUACGAUAGUGCGGGCGAUGGCUGCACCAGACUCAGGUUUAGAAAUCAGAGACAGGAUGUGGCUAAAGAUUACCAUACCCAACGCAUUCAUUGGUGCCGAUGUUGUCGAUUGGCUGCAUCAAAGAGUAGACGGCUUCCAGGAUCGUCGAGAAGCACGUAAAUACUCUGCUCAGAUGCUCAAGGCUGGAUACAUCAGACAUACUGUCAACAAAAAAGAUUUUUCCGAACAGUGCUAUUAUGUGUUUGGUGAUCUAUGUACAAGCUUAGCAAGCUUAAAGUUAGGGGAAGAUGACACACUAAGUGAGGCAGACAGGGACACCUUAGCGCCUUUACCGCCCCCAUCGGCAGCUUCACCUUGGGGUGGCCCACAUAUGCCAUAUGCUGGCACUUAUGUUCCCCCAGCUACAGGCUAUGCGCCAAUGCCAUUCAAUUACACCAAUGAAUCAUAUGCAUUUAAUAGAGACAGCAGCACCAACAGUGGUUCUGGUAGUAGCGGUGGUACCCAGAAAAAAGUUGAACGAAAGUCGGCAUCUCCAGCCCAAAGUGGAAGUGAUAGUGAGGCCAGUCAGCGCAGUGCUCGCCGUCUGGGUAGUGGAGGUGGUGGUUCUGGCAGUGGCAGUAUUGGUGGUGGCGGAGGUGGUGGUGGCGGUGGGACAGGUGGAACAGGUGGGGGAUCCAGUGGAUCUGAGAGAUCAACAGCAACUACGUUAUCCCAACCACCACAGCAACCACUUCCGCCUCAUUCCACUCAUCAGCACCCUACAGGUGUGCCUUCAACUUACCCUCUGCAUCCCUCCCACCCAUCACAUCCACCACAUCUGUCACACCCACCUGGCCUGCCUCCCCUUCUCCCUCCCCAUCCUCCCCAUCCUUCCCACCCUGCCCACCCUGCCCACCCUGCCCACCCUGCCCACCCUUCCCACCCUUCCCACCCUUCCCACCCUUCCCACCCUUCCCACCCUUCCCACCCUGCCCACCCUCACCCAGCAAGUGCCCUCACCUCCCACAGCCACCCCAAUGACCCCCCUCCAGCAUACUCCUCCCUCAUGCUCCCCCCGGGCAACUCGCACCCGGCUCCACCUUCACGCCCUGUGGAGCAGAUGAACCCUGACCUGGCAGCUAGUACCAACAGUUUCAACCUGGCCAUGGACAACCCCUGCAACUUUUUUGUUGAUUCUGUCUGAAGCUUUAAUUGUUUGAGGAAGAUAUCCAAGGGUACCAGUUUAGCGACCGCAGCUAGUCACCUGGACCACGUGGGCGCAGUCGUGUGGAAAGUUAGAGGAGACCCUAGCCAGAGCUUAACUCUCAGUGGAAACAAACCGCUUAAUGUUAUCAUU